CGUCUAGCAUUACUUAGCAUAAACAGCUAGCUGGACGUGUGUGUGAGUGUUUUCAGGCGUUUGCCUGUACAGAUUUAGCAAGCCAAAAUCAUCAAAGCCUAUUUUAAUACCCGUGAACAGAUCAAAAUCCACUAUCGUUUUCCUAGGUGUCAUAUCCUGAAUGGUUGCAUUCAUCUAGUCCAGUAACACUGUAGCACUUCUGGAAGUCUUGUGACCCGAGAAAAUAAUGUGCUGCAGCUGAAGAUGGGUGGUAGCGGCUCCAAAUCCAAAGGAUUUUGGCCUUUUUCUGGCUCAGGUAGUGUGGACGAUCCAACCAAAGAUGGAAAUGAGCAGCCACUGACGAGAGUUCGAAGUUACCCAGGUGCAACACCUUUUGUGUUUGCUAGACGAAGCUCUAUGUACUUUGACGAAGACGGUGACUUGGCCCACGAGUUCUAUGAGGAAACAAUUGUGACAAAAAAUGGACGUAAAAAAGCAAAGCUGAAGAGGAUUCAAAAGAAUUUAACACCUCAGGGAAUUAUAAAGCUGGACCACCCUUGUAUCCACGUAGAUUUCCCAGUUGUCCUCUGUGAAGCCUGAUGAUGCCUGAGCAGUGUUUCAGACUUGCCAUUGUGUCAACUCCGUCCUGUGGUUUCCCCUACAGCUGGAUUCCAGAACCACCUUUUAAAAUAACAUGAUCUCUUGAUAUAUACAAUGCCCUUAUGUGGACAGGCUGAUGCAAUGUGUGCCGAGCCUCUGCAUGUGAUCUGUUUUUGGCUUGUGUGCAGUUAGACACAGUAUAGUCACCUAUGGGGGUCUAGAAGGGUGCCAAGUUGGCAAACAUACUCAGUUUACAGAUCAUGGUUUGUGUGCAUGUAAGCGUGUAUGUGUGUGCAGACAUGGGAUGAAAUGUGGCAGAGUCCUGAAUUUAUUGCUGCAGAUAAUUUUCUGGUAUGAUCCAUAGGACUCUAGGAGUUUAAGGAGAUUGUAACCAGCUCUCCCCCCCCCCCCCCUGUCACAGUCAUAUCUAGAGCGGGAACGUUUUUUGACACCAUCAUGACUUGAUUUAUUAUGCAUGGAAAAGGAUCUUCUUAUUGGUAAUAGCCUAGGGAGUUGACAAUCAGUGGCCUACAAAAUAAAAAGUGGAUAAUGUCAUAUUAUAAUGUCGGAUGGACUGGCUUCGAUGACCACGGUGUGACCAGACCUCAGAGCCACACAUGUACACAGCAGCAGUGAGUCUUAUAAGAGAUCCUGUUGUUUCUGUUGCUGCUUUGGCAUACUAUGUUUCACUUUUAAUUUAUUAUAACUGUUUUUUAAUUACAAUUUGAAAUGCUGAA